AUGGCCCAGGUCAUUGAGCAAGACUUUUUCGGCGGGGCGAUCCGCGGGGUAGUGCCGCAGGACUGGAUUGAUGGAAGCGAUCUCCGUGAGAUCCCCGACCACCAAGAACUCUUCCUAUCCCCUGACACUCUCUCAAACUUCAUCAUCGAAAUCAACCAACGCGUCUCCCAAGAAGACGCCCUCAGCACCUUCACCACCUUCAGCCACCAACACCCAUCCCUAACCGCCACCAGCGGCACCGCAGCAAGCGCCACACGCGAAACUAUCGACCAAGCCGCCGCACUGCACCACCUCAACGACCUAUGCGACGAAGGCGACGCAAUCCAAAUCGUCGACCCGCCCACGCGCGUGAACCCGACUCGCCUCGGCGCGUCCGCGCCGCCGGGUUCAUCGGUUAUCGCGUACAAGGGCGUUGUCCAGUUUCUGACUACUUCCCGUCGACGGGGUGGACGUGUUCACGCUCCUACUAAUGGGACGACUGCUCCUGUUACGGACGCGGCUGUUGGUGGUGCUGCGCUUGAUGGGACAGCUGGGGGAUUGCCGAUUUCUAAGGUGACGUGCCAUUAUUUGAUGGUGCGGUUGGAGGCCCAGGAGACGGAUUUGUUGGUGUUUUUCAAUGUACCUCAUGAGGAGUUUGAUAAGAGUGGGGAUGCGCGGGGUUUGUCGAGGGAGGAGGCUGUUGCGGAGGAUGCUGUGGGUGCGUUGGUGGAUCGACUGGAGAUUUGGGAUUGGGGUCUUUUUGUUUAG